GUGCCUGCGUUUAGACGUCACGGUGGGCGGGGCUACGAGCAAACUGCUCACACACAAGCUGCGCAGCGCCAUGCAGUAAACGAGGUUGACACCGCCAGCUAGGCUUUCGAAAUGCCUCCCGAAGACAUCGACCUAUCUCCGAAUCCUCGUCCCCGGGCUCACACUGUGGCGUUAACCCGCUGAAAGAACACUCAGAGACGGGAUGAACAUGGUAAAAUGGCGAGUUUUUGACUUUCCUUCCCCCGUUUCGCUCGUCGUAGCGAGGCAGAGAGAGAGGCUGUUUCCCCGCCGACGGUAGCGGGGCGCGUGGAAAGAAUCUGAAUUAAAGGAGCAGUGCACCAUGGAGAAGCAGCAGAACGACCUGGACCUGGACCUGGACCGGGACCGGCAGUACUGUGAACUUUGCGGGAAGAUGGAGAACCUUCUGAAGUGCGGCAGAUGCCGGAGCUCCUUCUACUGCAGCAAGGAGCACCAGAAACAAGACUGGAAGAAGCACAAGCUAAUCUGUAAGGAGGCGGACAACAAGGCGGCUCUGCUUCCCAAACACAAACCGGGACCGUCGCCGGAGGACAAGCAGGCGGCGCGGGAGGACGCCCGGGAACCGAAAAGCCCCGAGCCCGCGCCGCAGACCGGCGGCAACACGGAAGCACCUGCGGCCGGGGACCGGGCUGCGGAAGCGGGACCCAACAACAGCCCCGCCACGCCUAACGGACAAAGCAGCACCCUGUCCCCGCAGAGGCUCGCCACGGAGUGCAUAGUGCCGUGCAUGAACCGGCACGGCAUCUGCGUGGUGGACAGCUUCCUGGGCUCGGAGUCCGGGCUGAGCGUCCUGGAGAACGUCAAGGCCCUGUACCGGACCGGCCGGUUCACGGACGGACAGCUGGUCAGCCAGAAGAGCGACUCCACGAAGGACAUCCGAGGGGACAAAAUCACGUGGAUCGAGGGGAAGGAGGCCGGCUGCGAGAAGAUCCAGUUCCUCAUGGGUCGCAUGGACGACAUAAUCAGACAUUGUAACGGAAAACUGGGCAACUACAGUAUAAAUGGAAGGACGAAGGCCAUGGUGGCGUGUUACCCUGGAAACGGGACGGGUUACGUUCGCCACGUGGACAACCCCAACGGAGACGGACGCUGCGUCACCUGCAUUUAUUACCUUAACAAAGACUGGAAUGCCAAGGAACACGGCGGCCUCCUUCGGAUCUUCCCAGAAGGCAAAGCCCAGUUUGCCGACAUAGAGCCAAAAUUUGACCGUCUGCUGCUGUUCUGGUCGGACCGGAGGAAUCCUCACGAGGUCCAGCCCGCCUACGCUACGAGGUAUGCCAUCACCGUGUGGUACUUCGACGCGGACGAGCGAGCCCGAGCUAAAGAGAAGUACUUAACGGGUGCCGGAGAGAAAGGAGUCAAAGUGGAACUCGGCAAAUCGUCAGAUCCCAGCUAGUAGAACGACGGCGCUUUAAAAAAAACAAAAAACAUCCAUUAAGUGCUUGAUCUGAAGGAAGUGACCUACAGUGAGCGUUGGUGUGAUUUUACACCACAACUCUGGACUGAAAGACAAUUUAAACUGUAGUAAUACAUAAAACAGCCGGUACUUACCAGGCAGGUACAUGGUAUUUACCUGGUAAACUCAGAAUGUACCUGCCUUUUACCAGGAAUGUAUCAAGUACUUUCCUGUUAAUUUUCAGGCAAGUAUUUGGUAUUUACUGGCCACAUACCUAGUAUUUACCCAACAUAUGCCUGGWAUUUUCCUGAAAUGUACCUGCUUUUUACUAGGCUUAUAUCCAUAUACCUGGUAUAUACCAGGCAAGUACUUAUUUGGCAUGUUCUGGUAUUUACCUGGUACUUACCUGGCAUGUACCUGCUGUUUAUCAAGCAAGUAUCUGGUAUAUACCAGGCACAUACCAGCAAGUUAUGUAGUAAUUACUUGUGCAUGUGCCUGGUACUUACCUGGUAUACGCCGUGCAGGUACCUGGUACUUACUUGGCACUUAUCUGGUAUUUACCCGUUAAGUACCAGAGACACCUGCCUACCACUUUACUGUCAUGUAUCUAAGAUUUACCUGGUAAUUACUUGGCAAGUACUUGGUACAUACURAGUGUUUCACUUUAUUAUGAAAUGUUUUAAGAUAAGUACCCAUUAAUGACCAGGUACGUAUCAGGUAAAGACACAGUAAAGUACCCUGUAAAUAUCUGAUAAGUACUCGGUAUGUACCAGACAAGUACUUGAUAUUUAUUGGGCAAUGGGCAUGUACCUGGUACUUACCUGGCAUGUACCUGCGUUUCAUCAGGCAAGUAUCUGGUUUGUACCUAGCAUAUACCUGGUGUUUACCCAGUAAGUAUCUGGUACUUACCAGGCACAUACCAGCUGUUUAUGCAGUAGUUACUGAGUAUGUACCUGGUACUUACCGGACACGUACCUUCUGUUUACCCAACAUGUACCUGGUACUUACAUGGCACUACCAGAGACACCUGUCUGCCACUUUACUGUUAGGUAUCUAAUACUUUUCUGGUAAUUACUUGGCAAGUACUCAGUACAUACUGGGUACUUCACUUUAUUAUGAAAUGUCUUAAGGUAAGUACCCAUUAAUGACCAGGUACGUAUUGGUAAAUGCACAGUAAGUACCCUGUACAAACACCAGCUGCUGGUAUUUGGAACACACCAGGUACAUACUGGUAUAAUGAAGUGGGUAAGUACUCAGUACGUACCAGGCUGUAUUAUGUUUUGCUACCAAACAAAGACUGGUUUCAGAUCCUUCCAGUUACUCUGGACGAUCUUGAGGACGUUGAAUGUCGUCAUAUUUUACUGAAAGGGAUCUUUUUUUUUUCCUCACAUUAAUAAUGCUCCGGCUGAAACCUCAGAACUUCAUCUUCAUCGUGCUGGUUUUUAUUUUAUUUCCAGUAAGUUCCUUAAAGGUACAGUGUUCUGCAUGUGUGUAAUAUAUAUAUUUUUCUCAGUAGGAACUGGUUGGUAAAAUAAGCUGCUCUCCGUGCUUCAGUUGGAAAUCAUUUGAGAAAUGAUCCCAAAAAAAAAAAAAAAAGGUAAUUGCUUUCUCUCUGGCAGAAACGCUUUGGUUUGAGUUUCUAAUUUAGCAGCACGACGUGUUUUUUGUGGACUUUUUGACACGCUGAUUAAAACCGUGGCUUUGUUACCCAGAGAUUUACAUCAAAACUUUUUCAUCCGUGGCUUGAUUUUAUACCAAGUCUCCGACGCCCUCUGCAGGAAAACUUGUGCACAGCACCUUCUUAUUUGUGCCUUUUUUUUUAUUUGUGGAUGAAUGAAAACAAGUUUCUGUUUUCAGAUCUCAACCAGUUACAAAGUGUGUUUGUGUGAGAAAGUCUUAAAGGAAAUGGAUUUGUCUUAUUUGCCUGUGCACCUUACAGAUCCAGCUUCUGGUUUUUCUAACAGCUCGCCCAAAUCGAGACACUUUUGUCUGAAUUUAGCUUUUUCAACCAUAUCUGUGAAUCGGAUUUUUUAUUUUUUAUUAUUUUUUGCAGCCAUUCACACUAAAUCAUAAAAAUCUUUAGGAAAACUGACAGACUUCAGUACUAUUAAAUUAUCAGAUAAACUAAUAUUUGAUGAAACGUCACAUUGAUGUAUUUUUUGUUACCGGGUAAUUAAAAACAUCUUAKUGUUUUUGGAUUCUGCUGCCAGCGAGCUGUUGUGUAACGAGUUUCACAGGUUCAUGAAAUAUCCUGCACCCGUUUGUUUUUCCAAACCAUUUCAAGACGCUCUGUUCAGUUUCUCAGAUAACGUGUGUUUGUUUGGUCAAAGUCUUAACUUUCAGGGUACAUCGUGUAUUUACCGUUUUUAGAGUGCAACCGUUUCCCAGAAAAGAAAAGCUCUUCAAUAAAAUUGAGAGAAGUGCGGGGAAGAAAUGAAA